UGUCAGUCUGUUGACAAUCUUACAGAGUCAUUGUUCCGCUCAGAAAUAUAUGCUGAUCUUUGUGGGCGAGAGUUAUUCCCCUCUGAGGGUGGGCCUGAAGAAGAGGAGGAGGAUAAUGAAGCUAGUGAAGAUUUUGAGCACGAUAUACAGGAUGAGUUAGAAGGAAAAAAAGAACAGCAAGUGCAUCAAUUAGAGGUUGAAGAAGAUGCAGGAGAGCGCGAUUCAAUACGGGGAUAUGAGGCAUCCAGCGACAAUGAGGAUGUCAGUAAUGAAAGAAAUAGAGUUGCUGAUUUAGACAAUCGACCCGAAUCCGUACAUGAAAACUCUGUUAUACGAAACAGUGAUAAUAUAGAUGGUAUUUCUUUGGAGAUUGAUAAUGACUCAGCAGAUUCUGCGACUCUGACGAAUACACAAGUAGCCUUAACCCCACCACUUAUGCGACGGGACCCUCUGCCCAAGGCUAACCAAAGGCUAGAACAGAUGACUACCAGAAUGAACAAGCCAGAGCAGAUGAAGGGAGGACAAGCCAGGUCUUGGGUCAUUUCGCCCUUUAAAAAGAAGAAAACGCCGACGGAGCAUACUCUUGAUAUCUCAGCUUGUCUAAACCUUUGUCUGACGUAG